CUGGAUGGGCAAGCACGUUACUGCGAGCACCCCGACCAUUGCCCAGGUGCGUCCGGCCAGCUCGGAGUGCCCCGAGCAUGGUAUCUCUCGGCCGUUUGCGGAUCGUCGCGGCUAGCCAGUCUUCCUAGCACGUAUAUCCCGAAUAGGCAAGUCGCGGUUCCCGACGCCGGUCACACGGACCAGCGCGGCGCCGGCCACUAGAGACCCACCUGUCCGGACCGGAUGCGGAUGCAACGUCGGGGGUCCGAACACGCAGCGACUGACGUCUGUCCCCCGAUGACCUCGCCGUCCCCGGCACGUGGAUUGGAGGCGAUCACAGCAACUGUAGGGUUGACAGCGGCCGUGCUUGCCGUAGAUGGUUCCGGGACGGCCAGGGGGGUCAUUGUCCGUAUGCGGGCUGAUGCACCGUCAGGUUCCGUAUCGUGGUGCCGAAACAGCGGGGGAAGGGGGGAGGCAGCGUGCUCGAUCCGGAUUGCCCUGCAUACGCACCAGCCUCCCUCGAAUUACCUAAUUGCGCGGAUGGGAGGCAUGCGAAUUCCAGAUUCCGAUAGUACCAGGGCGUUUGCAUGCAACCAACCCACCACCACACAUGUCCCGGGGGCGCCAUCCGCGUUGAAACCCACCGCACGCUCACGCCCGCCCAUCGUCGCCGUCGUCGACGACUGCGAGGGAGACUGAGGGCGCCGGGCGGUCGAUCGCCACCAAGCCGGUCAUUUCUGGAUGCCGCCUUCGGAAAAGGGGGCAAAAGGAGAAACCCUGCAUCUCACUCGCUGCCCCCUCCCCUCCCCCCGGCAUUCCUCUCGUGAGACCCCAAGCGCGAGGUCGACGACUUUGGGUGUGGUCAGGGCGCUCCUCUCCUCCACCAAACGGCGCAGGACGUCACUUGGUUGUACAAAAACAGAGGGUCGCGGAACAGGUCGUUUGCUUUUUUCCCCCCCCCCUUCCCCUGGCGAUCCUUGGGGGGCGCGAUCAGAGACAUUGCGGUGGUGCGUCAACCAGUUGCCCGUCCGCGACCGGGGUCAAUUGUCGCAGAACA